AUGCCUCAUGCUGUCAAUGAUACAAGAGUCAUGUGGAUGAGAAACCAGGAAUUCGGAGGGACGGUCUUAACUUGUUUUAGAAGACAAAUGGCUGAAUCUAGUGAUAGUAGCGAAGAUGUUCCUGUUGAUAGUAACAACAACAACCAUUUCAUGCCUUUUCCAACAACGAUGCCUAUUGCAAGAAUGCAAAUUGGUGAAAAACCGUGUUUAGGAAUGAAGUUUAAUAGUCAUGAGGAGGCCUAUGACUAUUAUAACUCGUAUGCAUUGAUGAUGGGAUUUGGAAUCAGAAAAAGCUCAGUGAAUUACUCUCAGAAAGAUAAACAAGUAUUGAAUAGAAAAUUUGUUUGUGACAAAGAAGGUUACAGAUCUAAUAAAGACAAGAGAGAUAUAGGAAAAAAUAUUAAUCAUCGGCGAGAGACUAGAGUUGGUUGUAAAGCAAUGAUGAGAAUAAAAUUAAUGGAGGAUAAAACAUGGCAAGUUAUAGGUUUUAUUGAAGAUCAUACAAACCACAUGCUUAGUAGUCCAGAUAAAGCAAAGAUGCACAAGUCACAUCAACAAUUUCAUAGAAGUAAAAUGUGUAAAAAAAUGAUUCAAUGUUUUCAAGAAGAAGGUAUUACUCCUUCCACUAUUUCUCGUGUUAUUAACGCGACAAGUGGAAGAGAAGAUGAAUCAGUGACACCACAACAGUGCAUUGACUAUAUGAAGACUCAAAGGCACAACAAUAUUGGUAAUGAAUGUAUAUUUGUUAUCCAACAUUUUCAAAGAAAGGCGGCUAAUGAUGCAGAUUUUUAUUUUGCGUUGGAAGUAGAUUGUACUGGACAAAUGAGAAGUGUUUUUUGGGCAGAUGGAAAAUCAAGAGCAACUUAUUUGAAGUUUAAUGAUGUUAUUGUGUUUGAUGUGACUUAUAAAACUAACAAGUUUAGUCUUCCAUUUGCACCAUUUACUGGGGUGAAUCAUCAUAGGCAAUCUACUUUAUUUGGUUGUGCAUUAGCUGAUGAACAAGAAGAAACAUUUGUUUGGUUGUUUCAGGAAUGGUUAAAUUGCAUGCAUGGAAUUGAACCAGGUGCUAUCAUCACAGACCAAGACCGAGCAAUGUGUAAUGCCAUUCAUAAAGUCUUUCCAAACACAAGGCAUCAUUAUUGUUAUUGGCAUCUACAGCGACAUAUUGCCGAUCAUUUGCAUACUUUGAAUUCUGUUUAUGGUGAAGAAUUUCAAAAAUAUUGGGACUUGUGGUGUAAUAGUGGUAACAUUGAGAACUGUAAUUUGCAUUGGCUCGAGAUGAAAGAGAAGUUUAAGAUAAUAGAAGAAGAAGAUGGAUAG